AUGCCUGCUCAUUCAACACUGCCGCCGCACGGCUGCAUCGGCCUACCUUCUGCAUCCGAAUCGCUUGAAUCCGCCACACCACAAAUGCAUCAACUUGCCUCUGAGAUCCAUUACGCCCUGCAAAACCGUCCGUCUCAAGACAUAUCGCAGGAGGAGUCUGAUGCCUGGGAAAAGAAAUUUGUCCAUCGAAGCUCCCUCUCGACUCUACCUUGUUCGGCCCUCGGAGCAUUCUACGAAUGGGAGAAGGCGCAUUUUGAGAACACCCACCCAUCCAUUCAAAAUAUCAUUCCGGUGCAGGAUAAGGAACCGCUCCCUGAGAAGUACGUAACCUAUGCGGACGGGAUGCGGUUAGCUGGCAACGACCAAGGGAACAUCAAACUUCUCUUGUUGGAAGAGGUUGUGGAUCAGUGGUUUCUUCCAGUUGAUGCAAUGGCCGGCGUUGAGGAGCAGGUGUACUCCACAUCAUCUGGCCGGAUGCGGCGGCGUCGCGAAUCGGCCAAUCCUGAACGGCCGAAUCAGCAAGCGAAAAAACGGGUGCUUGGGCAGGCGCGCAAGGUGUCCGGCUCACGGAAGAAAGCUGUGAGGAAAUCGAGGGAAAACAAAUUUGUUCCUCCACGGCCGUCUUGUCCUCCCCCUGCUGAAUCUGUCGACGGCGAGUGGGCAGUGGUAGAAAUGCCGGAGAAGGAUGGAGGGGCUCGCCUCUGGUGCAAGCAUAUCGCGCCUUUGAGUUCGGAGUCGCAAUUACCAAUCACAGCCGUUCCGGGAAGUUCGUCCGCGUUCCCAAAGCGCUUCGACAAAUCAAGGGCCGUGACGGAAGAGAUACGGCAAGAGUAUAUCGCUGCGGGUGUCGGCGGGCAGUUUGUGCAAGGCCCAUUGGAAGGAGAGGAUCCCAUGGGGCAACUCAAGAAUUUCGAUAUGAAGACUGUUGUUAGUCCCGCAUACGAAGAGCCCCUCGCCGUGUUUCAAGAGGACGCAGCAAAGGAAGCAAUGGAUGCAUCUACCGACACGCAAGGAUUUUCGUCCGAGUUUAUGCUUAGCAAAGACACGGAGCGUGUUCACAAGACAGUCGAAGCAGAGGAUGCGGCCGAGCCGUAUCAAAGAAGGGGGGUCAAUCCCCGUUUGAGGGCCAACGCCGGCGUCAAGGCUAGUCCAGGUGCCGCUUCUCCAUCGGGCCGAAAUGACGCAAAGACGACAGCCCGAAAAGCGAAGGGCAAAGCGAAGGCGACGCCAGGAAAUAUUUCUCUCCCUUUGGAGGAUUUCCGCCGUUCGGACGUCGCCGGCCCUUCGAAGAUGGCAGGCAAGAAGCGGCCGAAUAUCUCUUCGGCGCUGGUCGCAGGCUCAUCAUCAACAGGGGUAUCUCGCGCCCGGCCGGGUGAUAAUGCUGUCCCUUCCGAGUCAACCGAACGAGAGAAGAAUCGGAACGUCGGCGGAAAUAUCCAGGAAAACAUAGUUUCCCCUCCACCUGGUGGAUCAGUGGAGCACUUUUCGCUUGCACCCAAACCAGAGCCUGUUCUUGAUGCGAUUGCCCCUCAUCUUGCCAGGGGCCGUCGGAUGCUCUCUGAGAAGGUUGAAGAGGCGAUCCGGCUUUCCAAACAAGCCGCUGCUGAAUCUCACACCGGCACCGAGCAGAUUGCUGAACUCCGCAGUCAGCUUCUCGCAACGCGGUCAAAAUUGGAGACACUGCAACAGCAAGUCGCUGAACAAGCCACUAAGUCCGAAGCCAUGGAAGCGUCAACUGCCGUCCUGACGAGAGAGGUGGCAACAGUAGCAAAAGCCGUCGUCGCUAACGACCAAGCGUCUCAGGCCAAGUACGACGCCUUUGUUGAGGCGAUGAAAACGGAGGCUGAGUUGACAAAUGACUCAUUCAAUGCAUUGACUGAGGAGAUGGCGUCUCUUCGGCGGGUUCUUGAAGCCUCGCAAGAAACCGACCAAAGUCAGGAUCAAAGGUUAUCGGCACUGACUGUGUCCGUCUCUCAACUCGAACAGGGUUCGAUUGUCGUCUUGGAGAAGCUGAAAUCGCAAGCCGGUCAAUUACGCACCGACAAGGCCAUGCUGACUCGCUAUGAAAAGCUCCUGGUCCGACUUCAGCUACAUCGCUCCAGUCUGAACCGCUCCUUGCAAGAACUUCGCUCCCAGCAAGCAUCGUCGACCUCCCGACUGAGCCGACUUGAGGACGCCGCUCGUUCCAUGGUCUCUCACAACGAGUUCACCAAGCACAUCGCAUUCCAUGUCUCGGCCUGGUGCUCGCUUGUGCAGACGACCAGGGAAAAUCCGCCCGACUAUUCGUCACUUCCAGAGGUCGAACUGACGUCGCUCAUGAAACACAGCGCCGAUAUGUCGCCCGGUGGCCAUAGUUUCACUCACCAGAGCAAUGAGCCUCCCUUCAAUCCCCCUUUGCUGGAUCCAUCCCCUUCCGAAAUUUUGGCAAGGUUCUUCCAGCCGGAUGCGCUUGAGAAUGCAUCGGCCGAUACCCCUAAAACUCCAAUCGCCGGCCCCUCAUCCACUGAUCCGGCUGUCUCUCUCCACCAUCCCCAACAUCCGCCGCGGAAUACCACCGCCGAUCUGGCCGCCGGGCCAUCUUCCCCACCGACGGCCUCACUUUCCCCUUUAACUGCUAUUCUUCUUUCAUUGGAAGACGGAGAAAUGGAGGCCCCUUCGACGGAUCCCAGUCGCGCUCCCCCAGGCACUGAUGAAAAAGCACUUGCUGAUAUAAUGCCCCAAGGAGAAGACAUUUCGAAGCCCCAGCCCCCCCCUGUAGCAUCUGGGUCAGAAUCACCCAUUGAUCCUGCGCGUGCCAUGGACGUCAGCAUUCCAUUCUUAGGCCCACCUCCCAGCUACUCCAGAACGCUCAGUGCUACGUUUCUUAAAAUUCAGGCAAGCAUAUUGGCCUGGGCCGAAAUUUCGGGGCCGUUUAAACUGGCCGCCUCAGACCUUUCAUGUCCUAGCUGCCCGCCUGCAAUGGUGGGUCACCCCAGGCCGCACUGGUGGUUUUCGGGCCGAGAACCUUUGCCCUUGUCCGCCUGGGUUCAACCUAAAGGUUUGGCAUGGCAAUGCAACACAAAUACAGCAUGGGCUGCAGAGGAUUAUCAUAAGGCUAUGAAUAAGGGGCAUGGGCUUCCGACACCUGAAGAAUGGGAGAAGCUCUCCUCCAACUUUCCCCCAUUGUUCUCGUCAAUCGAGGGAGAACUGAAGCGACCUGAGUCUGGGUUUGUGGCAGUGGAUAUCCAUGACAAGGUCCUCGCAUGGUAUCUGCCGGAUCUACUCACCGGAGAGCUGCAGUGGCCGCAAGCAUGA